GAUAUUUGAAGCCACUGCGCUCUCGGGUCUAUUCUCAAUCAGACGGGCAGUCGGUGGGGGCACGUCUGAUUAGAAAUCUACUUUUUAGGGACUCAAUUGACACAUUAAAGGAUUACUAUGCAAGUGACCAAAUAAGGGAACGUGUAGCCUACUCUUCCCUAUGACCAAUAAUUAUUUAUUAUACGAGGUUCCAUACUUUGGACGAGUAUGCUAAUUUUUUUUUCUUCAUUAUUGUGCAAGAGCCUUUAAACAACUUUAAAGGUUUGUGUUUUCUCUGUUUAUAAAAAAGUUUCUAAGGUUUUCUAAUAGCCUCCGAUUUUGAAAACCUGUCAUCGCAAGGAAAAACGUUCGAUACACAAGUCGCUGCCACAGCGGGAAUAAGGACAAAAGCAUCUGUACCAACAACACAGGCGGUGUUGCCGCCACACUUCAAUGCGAAAUAACCUGUUAAAUGUCUCAAUGACUUUCAUAUAUAUUCUGCUUUGGCUAAGUGAACAGACAUCCUGAGCAAGAACCAACGAAAACUAAUUUGAACUCUUAUGCAUACAUAGCUAAUUUGUAACUGUUUAAGUUAAAGACUCCCUUGAACCACUAGGCUAUUUAUUUUAUAAAGGAAUAAUAACUUUUGUCUGAAGCUCUCCGACCUCUGGUUCCUCUACACCGCAUGUGUUUUUGAAGAGCUUACUGCACAUUUCGUGUUUCUUGACAAGCAAAGCACUGCACACGAAGCUGGAGUUACCAUACCAUUGUUCUGUUUUGAAGAGCGGACCCCCUUUGUCUUCCACGGCCAAGAUGAGUGUGAACAUCGCCUCGCCCGCCCCGGCGCCUACGCGUCCCCUGCGGCUGAAGCGGCUGGAGCUGGACGACCCUCAGGAUGACAUGGAAGCCCUGAAAUGCAAGCGUCCCCGGCUGAGCCUUCCACCCUCGUCCCCUGGCCUGGCCCCCUGCCUGAGGCCCCUGAGCCACAGCCCAGACUCCGACCAGCACUGUGUGUCCUGCAUUGGGCCCUACGUCCUGCUAGAACCCACAGAGGGGACAGAGACCUACAGGGCCUUCCACAGAGUUACGGAGCAGGAGUACACCUGUAAGGUGUUCUCUAUGAGGCGGUACCAGGAGUUCAUCGCCCCCUACGUCCGCCUGCUGCCCCACGACAACAUCUGCCGCAUCGCCGAGGUGAUAACAGGCGAGCACAGCGUCUUUGUCUUCUUUCAGCGCAACUACGGCGACAUGCACUCGUACGUGCGCACGUGCAAGCGGCUCCAGGAGGAGGAGGCGGUGCUUCUCUUCAGCCAGAUGGCGGUGGCGGUGGCACACUGUCAUGAGCAUGGGGUGGUCCUGCGCGACCUCAAGCUACGCAAGUUUGUCUUCGUAGACCAGCAGAGGACCAAGCUUGUUCUUCAGAACCUGGAAGACUCCUGUCUGCUCCACGGGGACGACGACUCUCUUACGGACAAGCACGGCUGCCCGGCCUACGUGGGCCCCGAGAUCCUCAACUCGCACCACUCGUACUCAGGGAAGGCUGCUGAUGUCUGGAGCCUGGGCGUGGUGCUGUACACCAUGCUGGUGGGUCGCUACCCGUUCCAGGAUGUGGAACCUGCCGCUCUCUUUAGUAAGAUCCGCCGGGGGACCUUCACAGUGCCAGAGUCGCUCUCGGUGCGGGCUAAGUCGCUGGUGUGCUGCAUGCUGCGUAAAGCACCCUUGGAGAGACUGGAGGCCUCAGAAUUGCUGCUCCACCCGUGGCUGAACUGUUCCAAUAACACAACACCUCCCAACAUGCACCUCAACCCCAGGAACUGCACUGACCAAGUGGUCCCCAACUACACAGAAGAUACAAAGGACAUAGGCUGAUUCUAGAAUAAAAAUGUAAAUGUCCUCUGUCCCAGUGAUGCAAGUAGAGCAGUAUCAUCUCCAUAGAGGGACUACUGGUAAUGCAGGGUUAUUUCCUACCUACCUGACACUUAAAAAACAUAACAUAGUCAUAUGACAUUACAUAUUUCCAAAGUAAACCUCUUAUGCUAAUGUCUAACUGCAGUUUGGUAUCAAAGCAGUCAAAGCUUUGUUAAUCUGUUGUUAGACAUUAGCAUGUAUAGAUGUUGAAGUUGUGCUUUUGAAGAAGUUGAGAAGGUGUUAUGCAGGGCCCUUAAUCCAAAUUAUUACCAAAUGUAUUAUAUAGUUCGGAGUCAUGAAGCAGUAACUACUAACUACUGGAUCUCCUGGUCACGUGAAACAGACGCCUCCUUCGAGUUAGAUGUAUAUCUGCUUGUCAAGGGUCCAAUGCAGUUAUUUCCACACUGCAGUGUAACCUCAAGAAAAGCGCUUUUCAAAAGCUACCCAACUAUUGUGCUUUAACCAAUGGAAAUUGUUUUGUUGACUCAAUGGGAAUAACAGGUGAAAACAGUCCUCGAGAUCCCUCGCCCCAUAUAGAAGCUGUCUAGCAGUAUUCCCUGUUGCUGGAAGCAGUAAUUUGACCCGUUUUUGAUUGUGAGCAACUCCGUUGGGAACACUAAAUUGAAUCUGUAUACUGAACAAAAAAUGUAAACGCAACAAUUUAAAAGAUUUUACUGAGUUACAGUUCAUAGAAGGAAAUCAGUCAACUGAAAUAAAUUAAUUUGGCCUUAAUCUAUGGAUUUCACAUGACUGGGUAGGGGCGCAGGAGGAGCCCACUGCGGAGCCAGGCCCAGCCAAUCAGAAUUAGGUUUUCCCCACAAAAGAGCGUAAUUACAGACAGAAAUACUCCUCAGCACCCCUCCCCCCUCAGACGAUUCCGCAGGUGAAGAAGCCGGAUGUGGAGGUCCUGGACUGGCGUGGUUACAUGAGGUCUGCGGUUCUGAGGUUGGUUAGACGUACUGCCAAAUUUUCUCAAAUGACGUUGGAGGCAGCUUAUGAUAGAGAAAUGAAAAUUAAAUCUCUGGCAACAGCUCUGUUGGACAUUCCUGCAGUCAGCAUGCCAAUUGUACAUCUGUAGUGUUGUGUGACAAAACUGCAUUUUAUUGUCCUCAGCAGCAGGUGCACCUGUGUUAUCAUCAUGCUGUUUAAUCAGGGAUGUAAAGAAACUUGUACACAAGAUUUGAGAAAAGCUUUUUGUCUUAUGGAAAAUGUCUGGGAUAUUUUACUUCAGCUCAUGAACUGUAACCUUUAUUUAACUAGGCAAGUCAGUUAAGAACAAAUUGUUAUUUACAAUGACAGCCAAACCCGGACGAUGCUGGGCCAAUUGUGCACAUGAAACAUGUGAUCUUCUUUACGUGUUGCGUUUUUAUUUUUUGUUCAGUAUAUAUCUGACAGGACUGAUACCUGAUGCCUCUGAACUUGACAAAAUCCUAAAAUACUUGAAGCACGUUUUGUGCCUUUGUUUGUGUGUACUGUUGUUUACAUAUUUGAGUGACAAAUCUGGAUCCUUUCAACCAUUAAAGUGCCUUGUUUUCAUAACCAGUUUGUUGUAGACCCCCUCCCCUCUCUUAUAUCCCUAUCAGAAGUUCACCACGCUUUUCUUUACCAAAGAAUUAAGAUACCCUCAGUUGUUAUGUAUGGUGUGAUGAUCCGAUGAUCCAGGUUUAGUGAGAUGGGAUUCAGUGAUAGUUCAGCGUGGUGUCCUAGAUCCCUAGACAAGUGUAGUCGUCAUGACCUCAAGCGUGAGUUAAUGUCUAUAGUGUAUAGUGCAGUGGGUUAGAUCCUGAAGGAUACAGUGCUGUAGUGUACUUUAAACACCCAUAUAAUGGUGAGACUGUUUAGUAUCUGUUGACCUGAACAAAGGCAUCACAUACAUUACACAGUAAUGUGUAGUGUUAAUCGUGAUGCCUGCAUGCAGUUCGCUAACCCUAAAUAGAUCUCAGAUCCUACUUCACUAUGCCAUACAUCUUGUGAGACUUUAAAUACUUUUAUAUAUAUAUAUAUUUAUGAUGCAAAGGAAAGUACACUACAUUUUUUCUUAGGUUGGAGGGUUGGUGGAUGUACUUAUGUAAAAGUAUUGUCAUUUUCCAGUAAAAAUAAAUCCUUCAAACUGUUUGCCAAUAAAGAUUUUUUUGUGAUAAGA